AUGGCGGCUUUCCGAUGCCCUGACUUCGCAUCUCCGUCGAUCUUACUUCCGUCUUACUCCACCGGAAAGAGAAUCUCGUUAAAAGUUAUCCGGUGCUCUUCUUCGGUUUCAAUUCCGCUCUCGUCGAAGUUACCGAAAAGGAAAAAUUACCUGCGACCCAAAAUCCUCAGAACCCAAUAUCCUCAGCCUCAGGAAACCGUAAUAAUCGGAAUCGAGUCACCGGAAAACGCUCCUUUCUCCAAUCAAGACAAUGGUGUAGAGGAGCUUCAGGUCUCAAGUAGCUCGGUUGCGUCGAACGAGCUGAAUGGCAUAUUAAGUAUGCUCUCUCCGAUGGUAGUAGCCAAGUAUGGAUUGUAUUUGAUCGGACUCCUAGCUUUUCAAACUGUGUGCGCCGUUUUGUUUCUGGGAAACUCAACAAAAUCCGGGAAAAAGCCGGGAAAUUCAAGUGAUACCGUGGAUAGCAGAAGUCUUUCGUCGAUUCUAAAUGGGAAAAAUGGGGGAAGAGCGAGCAAUGUGGUUUCGCUAGAAGAUCUUGAAAUGAGUGAGAAGAUUGCAGAGAUUAGAGCAAUGGCACGGGAAGCACGCAAUAAUGAUUCAUCCCCUUCUUCUGCCGUUGAAGCAUCGAAUCCUGGUGGAGGAAUUGAGAUUGAGAAGGAGAUAGAAGCAAGAUUGUCUAGCAUGGAGAAACGGUUGAAUUCGCAGAGGAAAGGCUUGGCGGGAUUUCGUGUAGAGCCUCUGGAUGAUGAAUCGAUAAAUGGUGAUCUCAAGGAUGAUUCAAGUUUGAUGUUUGAGAAGAAAUACAAGUUCAAAGCCGAGAAACCAUUGACGGGUAAUGUGAAAGGCUUUGGUGGUAGUAAGGGAAACAAUGAGGUUAAGUUUGAGAAGACAGGGCAAAAUGGUAAUGUUAGUGACUCGGGAAAUGGUGAGAAGAAUCCUGAAGAACAGAUCAAAGACGCUGGACAUGCAGAUUCCAAGAUGAUUUCUGGUGCUGCUCAGGAAUCUGAGCAAAGGCGACCAUCAAAAGAAGUUAACAAGUCAAUCAAAUCUGGAAAUCAAGUGGGCCAUAAACCAAACGUGGAAGCUGGUUCUGGAUUUGGCAGGGCUUCGUUGUCAGGCAGGAAAGGAAAACCGAUGAGAAGAGCGAUGGAGAAACAAUCAGAGAAAGAAAACAAAAUGUGGUGGCUCAAGCUUCCCUAUGUGCUGAGAAUUCUUAUGCGGAGUAGAAUCGACCAAGACAUAUCUGAGGGAUAUUUUACUAUAAGGACCGAAUCUGUGGAACAAAAAGAGGGCGAAGUUUCACACAUGGUUGCAUUUGAGGAUCAAAGUGAUGCUAUAAACUUCUCUUAUCUGCUCGAAUCAGUUUUUGAAGACUUGGAUGAAUUCAGCGCCUACGUAGUUCCCAUAUCAACCAAUGAUCUUCAUAAUGAAGUGAGUUCUGGUGGCAAGAAUGUGAUUGUGGUGAAGAAGAGGCAGCUUAAGCUGUAUGCUGGACAGCCAUUUGAAGAUGUUGAAAGAGCCCUGCACAAACUGAUCCAAGAACAAAGAUGA